CAUUGUGGGUAUCAUCAUAUGUCGUUGUCGGCUCCCGGUCGUCUGUGUAAUGUAAACAAUUGUUAAGUGUUGGGUUAGUUUUCUAUUAUUUUUGAAGUUUUGUGUAUUUUGUAUAUAAAUUUUAGUGUCUUCGAAUUUGACAUUGCUUAAGCUUGUUCAAGUGCUAGUGAGAAAUCACAUUUCGUCACCACAAUGGGAAACAUUUACACCGUUGGACCAAAUGAAGCUCUGAUUGUAUCAGGUGGAUGUUGUGGCUCUACAAAGAAAUCAACCAUCGUGGGAGGAUGGGCCUGGGCGUGGUGGCUGGUUACAGACGUCCAGUAUCUCUCCCUCGAGGUGAUGACUUUGAAUCCAAUGUGUGAGAUGGUGGAGACUUCACAAGGAGUGCCUCUGACAGUGACUGGGGUGGCUCAGUGUAAGAUCAUGAAAGCUGACGAGUUGCUGCAGACGGCUUCCGAACAGUUCCUGGGCAAGAGCGUCAAGGAGAUCAAGUCCACAGUUCUGCAGACUCUGGAGGGCCACCUUAGAGCUAUCCUCGGUACGUUGACGGUAGAGGAGAUCUACAAGGACAGAGAUCAGUUUGCUGCCCUUGUGCGUGAGGUGGCCGCUCCUGAUGUUGGCAGGAUGGGUAUUGAAAUACUCUCGUUCACUAUCAAGGACGUGUACGACGAUGUCCAGUACUUGUCCUCACUGGGUAAAGCUCAGACAGCUGCAGUAAAGCGAGAUGCAGAUGUUGGUGUAGCGCAAGCUAACAGGGACGCAGGGAUCAGGGAGGCCGAGUGUGAAAAAUCGGCAAUGGAUAUCAAGUACAAUACUGACACAAAAAUAGAAGACAACUCAAGAAUGUUCAAGUUACAAAAGGCAAAUUUUGACAAAGAAAUCAACACUGCCAAAGCUGAAGCACAACUAGCUUAUGAACUACAAGCAGCAAAAAUACGUCAGAAGAUCCGUAAUGAAGAAAUACAAAUUGAAGUGGUAGAACGAAGAAAACAGAUAGAAGUGGAAGAACAAGAGGUGCAACGGAAAGAGAGAGAGCUGAAUGCCUUGGUACGACUUCCAGCUGAAGCAGAGAGCUACAAGGUCCAGACAAUUGCUGAAGGCAAGAGAACACAAGCUGUGGAGGUAGCCAAAGCAGAAGGAGAAAAGAUUAAGCUGUUAGGUACAGCGGAAGCCUACGCUAUCGAGAGUGUAGGCAAAGCAGAUGCAGAGAGGAUGAGAAUGAAGGCACAGGUCUACAAGCAGUACGGGGAUGCAGCAAUCAUGUCUCUUGUUCUUGAUGCUCUGCCUAAGAUUGCAGCAGAGGUGAGUGCUCCCUUGGCCAAGACGGAAGAGAUCGUACUGUUGGGUGGCAGUGAUCACAUCACUGGAGAAGUGAACCGUCUCGUAGGGCAGAUUCCACCCUCCGUCCACGCUCUCACUGGUGUCGACCUCUCUAAAGUGCUCAGUAAAGUGCCUGGUGCCAAAUAAUGGAGAUGGUCACCUAGUUCCACUCACUGUUAUGCUAUGCCACUCACUCCAUCAUGACUAAUUCUACAAUUUAUAUUUUAUUAAUUUUGUGGCUGUAAAUCCUGAAAAGGAAUAUAUUAGUAGACAAAAGGAGACAUUAGUGUAUUAUUAUGAUUACCAUGGAUGCCAUAUUUUUAUUCUAGCAAAUAUUGGUUAUGCUUUAUUUUGUUAUAAUUUUUGUUAUAUCUUUAACAUUUCAAUGGUAAGUGAGUACUCAGCUUGAAUUGUCAAUUGAUUAAACGUUAUUGUUUUUUCUUUAUAUGAAUUACUUUUAUGUAAAUUAAUAAGUGAAAUAUAUGAAUACCUAUGAUGAAAUUAGCAGCUCUCUAAAAUGUUAGCACUAAAGGAACAAGGGGAUAUUAUCAAGUGUUUCAUGUUAUGAGCCUUAUAGCUGAUACACUCGGUCUUGUCAUUACCCAUGGUCAAUUCACACAAUGAAUUAUGUAGGGCUCAUGUGUUUAUCAUACCAUGUUCUAAAGUAUUUCUAGAUUGGUUAGUUUUAUUAUUCCCGCUAAAUAAUGAAAUUACAAAAAUACUAUAUAAUCAUAAUCAAGUAACAAUUCAGCUAUCACAGGGUUACCAUUCUAUUAUUUGUUUCUGUUAAUUUUAGUCAAUGCAUUAUUAAACGCCUCUAAAUAUGCAUGCUGUAUAUUGUUUAGGUAUUAACCUAAGUUUAUUCUUUCAGUGGCAAAAUUAUUACAACUAGUACUGUAGUGGUGUAUAUAAAAUUACUAAUAAUUACUAUAAGGUAAACUCAUGUACAAGAAUAAACAUGGCUAUAAAAGAUAGUAUCAAAUGUAAAACUGACUAUACAAAGCAGUUUAUAAAAUAAUUGCAACUGUCCAAUUCAGUUCCAUGGAAAAAAUGUACAGUCCACAAUACCGAAUAAACAUUGCAAUACAACUCAGUACUGAUAAAGACAUACAUGACUAUUAGAAAUGUAUUCGAUGAGUCGGAGAAUGUGUAUUCCUGUGCGUUAUUAGUAUAGUAGUGUUGGUAAAUUAAAUAAAUGGCAGCUUCCCUUACUUAAUACAUUGGUGUACUCAAAUAAUAAUCUGUGUUUAAUUUAAGUAUUAGUGUCUGGUGCCUUUCAAACAAUAUUUUAUCAAAAAAGUAUGAAAUGAUACAAAUAAAUUAUUUUUCUUCUUGAUAAAUACACUUUGAAAAUGUUUAAGGUAUGAAAUGUUUAUUUUCGCAUUGACCUUUCUUACAUAAUAUAUUUUAUUGAAAUUGGCCGCAGAUUUACUUUAUGCUAGAACUUUUUCUUUAGUACAUUUUUAUACAAUAGUUUUAAUGUGUUAAAUGUAGGAUAUUAGUUUCACUUAUAGGAAUAUUUAUGAUCAAAUGAACUAGUAAUCCAAUAAUACAACCAACUGUAAUUUAAAACUUUAUUUUCCAGAAAUUUAAAUUUAUCAGCUGAGCAAUACAAGACAAAUCUCUUAACCAAAUCCAUAUAAUUUUUCAUUUUUACGACUAUUAGCAUCUAAUUUUGAUAUUAUAUUAUGUCUUGAAUACUGAACUUAUCAGUGGCAGGAAGAUUAUAAGCCUUGUGAUUUACAUUUUAUGGAAUUGCACAGAAAGUAUCAAAUUUGGGCAUUAAAACCCCUUCCUAAAAGUGUUAACUGUGAAUUUUUUGAAAAACUAUUGAAAGAAUGUAUUUAAUAUGAUAAAAUCAGAUUAUUUGGUGUUUGGAUUGUAUUUGAAAGUGCCAGAUGACAGUAACAGUUAAUAAAUUAUCAACAUUUAUAUAUUUUUACUCACAGAUUAUGUUUGACAAUUGUUAAGUAUAGAAUGUGUCAUAAAUUAUGUUCAGUACUUGUUGAGAAUUUUACAAAACUGAAAUGCAAAGGGAGAAUGCAGAUUUACCAUAAAUGUCUUUUUCAUGUUUAAAGAAACCUAAAUUUUAUAUUAACACGGUUUUAUCUUACCUGUUUUGUACAAAGCAGGUUGAUUUUUUGCAUUUAGAUUUUUGUUUCAUAUUCAGUAUGUAAUGUAGUAAUUUUUUGGAGUGUUUGUGAUAUUUGACGAUUAACAUAACUGUUUGUAGGAAGUUUUUAUUUUAGUUUGUAAGGAAUCAGUUCUUGAAGUAUUGAACACUAUUUAUAAAUCACCUGUACUUAACAGUAGCAUUAGUUUGACUAUUCUGCAAUUGUUGAGCCAAAACAGAAUACUCAACAUUUCUGGUAGAGGCAGCUCGAUUCUGGUGAACUUGCCUGUAUAGCAGCAUUCAGAGAAGUUUGGGUCCCCUCCCUUCCAUCACCUUUUUCUCCUAGAUAUCUUGGACUCCACACUCAUUUUAUAUUCUUAACCUCCAUUCUACAGAAAGACCUUUUAAAUCAGUUAUUAUCCUAAAAAUAAAUUAUAGUUAGGAUAUCUACUUGGACUACUGUCGAUUAACUGCCACUGUCUAUGAACGGAAUUAAUGAAUCUCACAGUUAGAUAAAAUAUUAACUAGUUUUAAUAUCUGCCUUGUUUACUUUAUGGUGUUGGUAUUUUUAAUAGUAAGGUCUUAUUUAUGAAAUUCUUGAGUUUGACACAAUUUUAACAAUUUACCAAACUGACCCAUUUCAAUGACAAACUGUUCCUUAUACUGGUAAUAUACAAAACUGCCAAGUUAACAACGGUGAUGUCUAUGUAAUCAACCAAAAAUAAAUGUCUUGGUCUAGAUAGAUGCAAUUUGCUGAUUUCCUUGUUGUAAAUCUGGUAUACUUUAAGUAGGACCACUGCCAUUCUGUAUUCAGUUGUGUAGUAAAAAGUCUAUUUUAUCAUUUUUAUUACUAUAGGUUUAAGAAUUCAGUAUUGCUUUACAAGGUUCUGUCACUUUGUGUGCCAUCGGAACUUUUGGAACCAAACACUGUUAUGCAAUGACACUAUGUACGGAUAGUAGAUAGAUUUUUGAGGACUUCGAGCCAUGUAGUUUGCAUUGUCAGAAACCUUGCACACAAUUUUUUCUCUACUAUUUUACAUUAAAUUACAUUGAAUUAUGUUCAACAGUUAGAUUAUUAUAAGUUCUUUUGCAUUUGUUGUCACGAUGUGUGUUCAUCUCUGUUGGUUUGUAACUUUGUGAUAGUUUGUGGCAACACAUGUAAAUCAAUCAUGGUGUUCAUACCUUAGUAUCUGGUACAUUUUUUCUAAUAAAGAGAUAAUCUUUUCA